CACUCAUCGGAAAUACGUAACGAGUUGUUUUAGUACGAGAGGGAAAGGCACUGAGAGGAUUAUCUGUGUGUUACGGAAUGCAGCGAUUUUAAUGGGUUUAUACUCGUGACAUUAAGUUAAUUUCUGGCUUCUAUGUCGGUGCUCCGACAUGAUACAAGGAUUGAUCACGUCCACCAGCCGUCAUACGAACAACAAAGCCUCGUUCGUCCAGUGUACACACACCAUUGCCGACUUGAGGACAUGAAAUGAAUCCAGAUAGACUUGGCCGAAUUCCACCGCCUACAAGGCGACUAGUAGUUCGAAAAGCGAACAGCCAGAGGGAUUUACGUCCUAUUACCGAACGGGCAACUCUAGGUAAGGUUCUGGGUUUGACAGUCUCCAGGAACGCAGCUUUAGCGUGCGACCCGUUGUCUGGAGUAGUCGCUUAUCCGGCCGGAUGUGUGGUGGUUUUACUUAACCCCAGGAAGAACCAACAAAGUUUUGUGCUCAAUACAUCUAAGAAGACAAUCACUUCUGUAGCUUGCCUUUUCACCCAAUUUGAAAUAUGUGGCAUCUGUUGGAUUCCAGCACGACAUGAUUGUAAAUAUAUGGAACUGGAAGAGUGGUACUAAGGUGGCCUGCAACAAAGUUUCAUCGAAGGUUUCAGCAUUGUCAUUCUCUGAAAAUGGUAGCUACUUUGUUACUGUUGGUGUCCGUCAUGUUAAAUUUUGGUAUUUUGACACUGAAUCAAAUAAAUCUAAGGUUUCCAAAACGCUAGUAAUCAAUGGCCGAGCUGGCCUUUUAGGAGAGCAGAGGAAUAACACCUUUUGUGACGUAGCAUGUGGUCGUGGAGUGAACUCUGAUAUCACUUACUGUGUGACUAGCUCAGGGUUAUUGUGUUCCAUCAACAGCAAGAGAGUGUUGGACACCUGGGUUGAACUCAAGACAUCUAAAGCAUAUGCAUUGGCAGUCAGUGAACAUUACAUUAUUUGUGGAUGUGCUGAUGGAAUAAUAAGAGUUUUCAACCCGCUGAAGUUGCAGUUUAUAGUCACCAUUCCAAAGCCUCAUUUUCUGGGUGUUAAUGUAGCAGAAGGCAUAGAUUCCAGUAACCCUUUAUCAAAGCCCGAACAAGCAGCUUAUCCAGACACCGUUGCUGUAGCCUUUGACACAGUGAACCAUAAGCUGACGUGUGUUUAUAACGACCACAGUCUGUACACAUGGGACGUGAAGGAUAUGAAAAAGAUUGGCAAGGCGUGGUCAUCACUUUAUCACAGUACAUGCGUAUGGGGAGUUGAGGUUUACCCCAAUGUGACUGACAAUCGCCAGGCAGCCCUUCCUCCAGGAUCCUUUCUCACGUGCUCGUCUGAUGACACUGUUAGAGUGUGGAACAUCGAAGAAGGAACAAGCAUAUUGUUUGAGAGAAACGUUUACAGCAAGGAGAUGAUGAAAGUUUUAUAUAUGGAAGACACGGUAGCAAAUCUUAAAGACAAUGAUAUUAGCCCUGCCAUAAAGAACAUGCGAGAUUCCACGGGUGAUACGCGAAAUGCUGGUGUAAGAUGUCUUCGCAUUAGUCCUGAUGGGCAAACACUUGCCACAGGGGACAGAUCUGGAAAUGUCAGGGUAUACGAUUUGAUGUUUUUCGAUGAAGUCGCAAAGAUUGAAGCACAUGAAUCUGAAGUGUUAUGCGUGGAGUUUUCACCCAGUGAGUCAGGUCACAAACUGCUGGCAUCCGCUGGCCGAGAUCGACUCUUUCAUAUCUUUGAUAUAGUGAACAACUUUGUUCUUGUCCAAACAUUGGAUGAUCACUCAGCUUCAAUCACUUCAAUCAAGUUUAAUGUGUCAGAAUCUGAUGAGUUACAGCUUCUGAGUUGUGGAGCAGACAAGUCGAUCAUCUUCAGAACAGCCCAGCAGAAUCCAGAGUUUCAGUUUGUUCGAACAACGAAUCAUGUUGGUAAAACAACAUUUUACGACAUGGACAUUGAUCCAUCGGGGAAAUAUGCUGCCACGGCUUGCCAGGACAGAAAUGUGAGAGUGUAUGAUGUGAAUAGUGGCAAGCAGACAAGAAAUUACAAAGGCACUCCUAGUGAUGACGGAACGCUGGUCAGGAUAACUUUGGACUCUUCAGGGACGUACGCUGCCACCAGCUGUUCAGAUAAGAGUGUGUGUUUGACUGAGUUCGAGUCUGGUGAAUGUGUAGCGAGUAUGUCUGGUCAUUCGGAGGUUGUGACUGGCCUUAAAUUUUCUGUUGACUGCAAGAAUCUCAUUUCUGUUGGAGGAGAUGGGUGCAUCUUUGUGUGGAAAAUACCAUCCACCUACACGCAGAAUAUGGUGGAGAAACUUGGGGAAGAACCAGAGAACAAAAUUGAGUUUGGCACUCCCAUCAGACGGGAGACUUACCAAAUGGCUCAUCCAUCGAUAAUCGAAACAGCUGAGGAGGGGGACUUUGUACCAGCUGAUCCUUCAGCGUUCAGCAGACCAAUGAAAGAUCCCAGUCCUCCAGUUAAAGAUUACCGUUUUAGCGUGGGGCAACUGCCUGCGUGGGCCAAAAAGCAGCUCGUUGCCGAAGGAAACGAGAAAACGAUGAUUUCUCAGGAAGAGAAUAACACAGGAACAGUAGUUCAACCCGGGGGGCGAUGGGCUCAGAGAGUCCAAAAUGGGGGUUUUCACAUUGCUGCUGACAAUGGCAAAAUAAAACCGAUUCCUUUAUUGCUGGAUCCAACAGAUGGCGAGAAAAGAUUUAAAAUAGAACCAAUCUCUCUCCAGGAGCAAAUGAGAGCGUUGGCAAGCAGCCCUCUCGAGAGACGUUGCUCACUUACUUAUGGGGAAGAUGAUGACCUGUUCCCGUCAGACGGCCGAGCAGCGCUGGAGAAUUUGCCCGAAGAGGAGAAGAAUCAUACCGAGGAAGCCGCUCCGCCUGGUGUCACCGUGUCACGUGGUAGUGAUAUAAUGCCGAUGGCUCGUGUUCGAAGAAGCAGCGUAGAAGUGUCCGAAACUGGAGAACUGAAAUUUGAAGAAGCCGAGGAGCUUGAUGUAGGGGACGCGAAUCAAGUUAUCAUCUACCUACCCCCUAGCCAGGAUGACUUCGACAGCGAAGUUGCAAGUACCCCGCGGGUCCAAGAAUUUGUGCAACAUUACGAAGCUCUUCAGUUAAAUCAUCACCAGUCUUGUCCCAAUAUCACUCAACAAGUCCAGAAACUGCGGGAAGAUCCGGAUGAUCAGGACAAACCUGUAAAACUGGUUAACGACAAACCAGUUCCGCUUAACAGGUCUCCUUCGUUAGACCUCCUUCCAUCUCGGGUUAUAACUUUCCUCAGAGCUUUCCAGUUGUCAGUCGCCGAGCGGCCAAAGAGAUUGUCUGUAACAGCAGAAGAUCCCAAAGGCGAAGAACCAGAGGGCAAAGAUAAAGGUAAAGUGGAAGAAAAGGAAAUCAAUUCUCCUUCUAGUGAAGACGAUGAAGACGAGGUGAUUAGUCCGUCGGAGGAUAUCACCAAGCCAUUUGGUUAUGACGAGAACAAGCCCGAGGGAGGGGAGGACGAGGAGAUGGUUGGUCGCUAUUUUGAAACUUUAGGUACCAGUUCUCCUGCGCAAAAAGCGGACGAGCCGGCCACAGAGCCACCGCCCCUGGACACUGAUCGGCUGAUGCGGACCAGGCUGAGUAUUUCAGCCAGGUUUUUGUCGCGUUCGCACCAACCUGGGAGGAUUGGUGUGAUAUCAACAAACCUAGAUGAAGAGAAAGGAGAAAAUCAUCAUUCAGAUGAUUCCAAACAGGAUCUUCAAAGGCGUAAAGAAGAAAUGGCGCAAGCUGUGGAGGCUACUCGUAAACGACUAGAAGCUCUGGGAUGGAAAGCCAAGGAAGACAUUUUAAAGAAGAUGCCAGCUAACAGUGCGACGUCAGCAGCAUCAAUAACCUCCGUCUCUUCGGUAUCCAGCACAACUAUCAUUUCUUCUAAAACUAUAACAGUUUUAUCCAACUCCGGAUCAUCUGCAAGCACUGCAAGUCAAGAACCUUCCUCUAAAACCAAUACUGUGUCAUCAUCUGUCUCGGCUACCCAUACUUCAUCCGUGACUGCUACCUCUAAAGCCAGCACAUCCAUGUCGUCCACACCCACUACACUGGUAAAUUCAGCCUCCGGUACUGGUAAAAACGGGGAUAGUACACCCGUAUCGGCAUUGACAGAAUCAAGUAGCAAACCUUCCGUCAUAACUAACCUGCUUGAGACGAGAUUAGCAGAUGUCCAAGGGAACCACAAAGAGGAACGGAAGGAACAGUCGGCUAAGAAAAAUAUCCCUGAGUCGAAGAAAGAUAAUGCCACAAAGGGUGAAGAUACCGAGAAAUCCAAGCGUUCUGCGUCUAAUCUGAUUGCAUUUUUCAGUCAGUCAAAAUCAUCUAAAAAUAAAGACAAGGAAAAAGAAAACACUAAGGAAAAAGAGAGAGCGAAAUCUAAGGAGAAAGACAAAGAGAAAGGGAGAGCCACACCCCCGCUGGUCAAGGAGAUGUCUGAUUUAAAAUAUGCCUCAGGGGGUAAACUUGAACGUCGGGGCUCUGAGGGAAGAUCAUGGAGAAAAUCACUGGGAAUUUUAGGGGGAAGCUCCAAGCAUGACAAAGAGGACAGGCAUAAAAGGCAUUCUGAACCCAGAUCUUCAACUCCACCUGACUUGCUGUCGAGAAACGCGCAAAAACAAAACGAGAGGGAGGACAAGUUGAAUAAGAAACAAACCGAGACGCGUUCGUCCACACCGCCUGUUGAACAACAAGUGAAGAAUUCCCAGUCAGCUAAACACCACGAAAGCACGUUGAAAACUUUACAAGAAGAAAAAGACAAGAAGUCAUCCACUAAAUCACAAGUUGAGCGGCGAUCGUCUAAUCCGUCAUCCGAGCUGGUGGGAAAAACUUCCCAGCCGCCCCGCACUAAAACAAACGAUUCGUCUUUGUCUACUUCGUCGAGAAAUGCUCCUUUAAGAGAGAAGAAAGGACGGGUUUCUUGUGAGGAGAGACGAGAAAAAUCGCGGUCGUUAGGUGACAUAGGUAGCACACUACACAAAGUAGAAGUUUCUAUUUUAGAUCCGACUGUGCCUCCAUCUAGAACUGUUGAUACUAUGGAUAUACCGGAUCAAAUAAAAACUGGUGAAAAACGACCCAAGUCAAGCGCCGGGAUCUUAGAGACGACCCCACCUCAGACGAAAAUGCCAUUAGAGCGACAUUCAGUCGAUGAUAAGGAUGUUUCUGGAACAAAAAAUAUUAAAGAACGGUCUAACGUUUUGAAUGGCACUUCGGAUAAAAGCGAUAUUACGACUAAUAGUAGCUUGUUAACAAGUAGUGAGAAUUCGACCGAACGAAAACCAACUUUGGACAAGCAGCUGGAUUCUGCGUUGGGGGGGCCUGGUAUCGAAGCUAUAUCGGUGCCAGGUUCUCCAGAAAAGAAAUCGAACUCUUUGGAUCUGGGAACCAGUAAGGCCUUGUCACCACGGAGAACCUCUCGGAGCGGUAGCGGGUCGAGCUUUUUGUCUGAUAUCAGUGAACUUUCAGCUGAGCUGUCGGCAGCUAUUGCGUCUCCACCGCCUGAGCCAAUCAGAUUGAGCAUGUCUGAGUCGAACUUGUUGAGCACCAGUCCUCCUUCGACAAGUAGAAAAUCUUCUAUUGGUAAGGAUCAUGAUGCUGCUAACUCUACCGAUGUUGAUCAACAUACAUGUCAGGAAACCCUUGAAAACCUUGUACAAGCUUUUCAAAAGGUUAUGGAUAUUCAAUCCAAGAUUCUGAAUGGAGAACCCUCGGACGAUAACCACCAACUGUUAUCGUACAUUACCAGCACUUUUUCAGCCAUAGAAGAACAGAUUCACGAUUCGCGUUUUCGACGGCGGAAAUGGGAACUCUCUCAUCUCCCUUGGGGUAAAUCCAGUGCAGCUCCCAGACCCCUCGGUGGCGCGCUCAGCUUCUCCACCGGAAACCUGGACCAAGUUGGUUCAAAACUUCGUCCUUUAAGGCGGACUUCUGAGCUUUCUGUUUCAUCGAUUCCUGAAGAAGACGUUGAAAUACAUGAAGUGUUACUAGAAAAGUACUCUGACAGAUUAUUAGAAAUGGUCGCAAAAAAACUGAAACAGUGAGGAAAACUUUUGUGUUGUGAGGACACCCCGCGUAUCCAGCGAGAGUUCUCAUUCUUUGAAACAAUAGUAUGACCAGGAAAAAGGGGUUUGGUUUUGAUUAAAAUGACUGAGAGAUGGCCGUAAACUUGUCUUCUGACUUAGUCUUUUUGCCGCGGUACAAUUUGUUGAUUGUCCUUGGCUUACCUGAACGAGCGAAUGCUACCGCAGAUGAUGUCUAUUCUAGGCACCAUUGAUUACCAUUGGCUUGUCAUCAUUACUGUUGUGAUGUGUCAAACUACAAUUCUAAGGAGCUAAUUGAGACUGGACUUUUAAGUGGAAUUUUUUUAUCGCUGUUCCUAUAAAUUGUUAGCUUAACAUGGGAAACAACAGAUGAAGUUGAAAGAAUUCCUUAUGACGCUGGCGAGGGCAGUUAAAUGCAGUUUGAUUCUGGUAAGGGGAAUCGUGGUUUCAUUACAUACAUCCAAUGUAACUUAAGUUGGAGGAUUCACCUAUCUUCAAAUAAGUCGUUACUUGAAUCAUCGGACAAACUUCUGCAGCUCCGAUAUUUGAGUUGCUCUUUUCCUCGUUGCUCUUAUUUUUUCUCAAAGGAAGUCAUCAAAGUAGUUUAUGAGCAAUUUAUGAAAAGAAUUCCAUAGUUUCGUUCAAAACUUGAUAUUAAAAAAGUCAACAUGUAGAUAUAAAUAAAACCUGUGAAAUAUUUAGA